AUGGACAUGGUUAUUGUGAACCAAAGAUUGAAGGAAAUUUAUCCUGCAUUUGUUAUUCCAGAAACAAGUUAUGAAGUUAUAUUUAUCAAUCGAUACAUGUCAAUGGAAGUUAUGGACAAAGUGUUACAUCAUAUUAAUGAUUGUUAUCAAUAUUCAGUAGAUACUGAAAGUGAAAAAUCAAACAACGAAUUAUCCAUUAUACAAGUUCAUACAAUUCCUCGUACAUUACCAUCACAAGUACUUAUUAUCGAAUUAUCACAUCUGCCAAAUCGAGGAUCGAACUUGUAUGUAAAAAUUAAAGAAAUUUUUAGAUUAAUUUUUAGAUCACAUAAUGAAAUAUAUUCAUGGGGGGACAUGAACCUCGAACUUGAAUCAGCAAAUUAUUUAUUCGCAUGGCCAAUAACAUCAGAAUUAAUUAAUCUUCAGCCGCACUUUCCUGGUUGGUAUGAGAGGGCUCGGACUCAAUGUUGGGUCCAGAGCCUGGAACAACAGGCGAUGGAGAAUAAUGAUAUUAUUGUUGGUCAACGAAAUUUGUCAACAUCGUCUUGUACAUGUCAUCGUCCAAGUCCAUACAAUGAACAUCAGCUCUGGUCAUUACAAAAAGCAUUUUUAUAUAGUUUUAAUUUAUUUAUAGAUAAAACAAGCACCUUGUCACAUUGGUCAUAUGGCCUAACUUCAAUUGGUUCAUCAUUAACAUAUGCACAGCGUACAAAAAUGAUAAAUUAUGCUAAAUACGACGUGAUGGCGGUAACCUAUCUCAUCAGACCAAUUACUGAACAAUGGUCGUUUACAAGAACAAAAGAAUCAAACAUUGAAGAAAUGUUUAUUACAUUUCAAUCAACACGACCACCACCACUACGUCAACUAAAACCAAAAAAUAAAAAAAAUAAAAAAAGUAAGAACAUCAACAUUCAACAAUUUGCUGCCUUAUUUAGCUGUAAUGAUCCAGAAGCAGAAGAAAUUCCAUCCGGUGAUGAGAUAUAUUUGAAUCAAUUAAUUGAACCAAAUGAUUAUAGAGAUGAACAAAAUAAUAAUAAUAAUAAUAAAAUUAAUUUAUUACAAGAUCAAAUCGAACGAAUUGAUGCUGAUUAUAUACUAAUUAUUAAUGCUGAUGAACCAAUUGAACGAAUUCAACAACAACAACAACAAGGUGAAUUAGUUGCAGAAAAUUAUUAUCAAGAAGGUGAACCAAUGGAAGAAGAUCAUUAUCAAGAACAUGCAUCAGUUAUUAAUGAUGAUGAACCAUUACAAGUUGUAAAUGAACCUGAACAAGUUCAACGUCGACCAAGGCACCGAAGAAGUGCUCAAUCAAGAAAUCGAAAAAAUCGAAAACACAAUCAAUUCCGCAGGAAAUUUCGUUUUCGUUAUACAAUUAGAAGAAAAGUUUAUCAUCGCUUUAAACCACAUCUAAUGCGAAAAAUUCUUCGAACGUACCAAAUACACUUCACGCAUGUCAAGAUGGAUAAAGAUUAUUUGGUGAUUGGACUGAAGAAUCAUGAAAGUCGAAUUGAAGCUGAACAUAAUUUAGCUGAAGAUAUAUUCAAUAGUCGAAGCUAUUUUCAUUAUAGAAAAUUAUAUAGACAUUAG